GCAGCUUCGGCGGCUUCGGGGACUCCGGGGGCGGCUUCGGCGGCUUCGACUUCAAGAAGAUGUCCGGCAUGGGCGGUGGCUUCGGGGACAUGUUCGGCGACAUGGGCGGCUUCGGCGGCAAAGGUGGCGGAGCCAGCAUGAGCUUCUCUUCUAUGAGUUUUUCGUCAUCUUCGGGGGGCAAGACCGUCUACAAGGAGUCCCGGACCGAGACGGUGGGGGGCAAGAGGGUGACGAAGAGCAUAGCCACCGAGACGGACAGCGACGGGCGGACGCGCGCCACCGUGGAGAUGGAGCGGGACGGCAAGAAGAAGCGCAUGGUCCGGGACAAGAAGGCGGGGGCCCUCGGGCAGGGGCAGCGCGAGCCGGACGGCGACUUGUAG